ACGAACUUUCUUGCAGAAAUAAGAUUAACAUUGUUUGCAAUUAUUAUCACAAAAUGAAGAACGAAGAAAAGAAUAACUCACCUAAAGUGCGGAUUGCAGUACUUGGCAACAUGAAUGUCGGCAAAUCGGCAUUAACCGUUCGAUAUCUCACACGAAGAUUCAUCGGUGAAUACAGAUCAAAUACCGAUUUAUUGUAUAAACAAACUGUCACAUUAGAGAGCGGCCUACUCGAUGUUGAAAUUAUCGACGUCUCGGUGGAUGAUGAGGACGAAGGUUUUCCAAUCGACCAAAUACAAUGGGCUGAUGCCGUACUUAUUGUUUACAGCAUAACAGAUCGCGAGAGUUUCAACUAUGCGGUGAGGUCGUUGGGCGAAAUUCGACAAAUACAAAAUGGACCAGCAACUUAUCUCGUUGCCAACAAAGCAGAUUUAGAUCACUUGCGUGAGAUUCCUGAAACUGAAGGCGCUUCCCUUGCUGCAUCUCAUGGUGUUGGCUUUUGCGAGGUCUCGGUCGCUGAAAAUUCUCCAAAUUUAUACAAAGUAUUUGAGAAACUUCUAGUUGAGUCUCGAGCACGUCCAGUGAAGCCACGGAAGUUUUCGGUUAGCAAAAUGAUAGGAACGCUAAUUGGGAAUAAUGGUACACGUCAACCAUCAGUAAAUCAGGGGACGGUACAAGUUUGUAAUAAAAGUGAAUUACAGAAGACUCGUCUAAUAAAACGACGACAGGCGUUUACAGCAGCUGCCUCUCUAUGACCAAUAAACUGUGCCACUGAAAUGUGCGAUUCAAACAAUUAAUCAUUUAUGUAUUAUAAGUGAAGAAAUGUAAGAAGAAUUUUGUAAGAAAAAUUGCUAAUAAGAACCUGGCUUGGAUAUAAAAGCUGACAUAGCAUAGCGUACAUUGUAGUGAAUUCAUCACAAAUGCAUCCAUAAAAUCAAGCAAACAACAAU